AUGCGCAAAAAUCCGUAUCUGGCGCACUACUUUGGUGCCGCGUUGGACUCCAGUUGUGAGGAGGGGGUAAAUGCAGCCACUGGUUUUGUGCAUUUUCCUAACUCAAAGCAUAUGACGCAGCGGGUGUUCCGUCCAUCGCGGGGACUGGAGCCAUCGAAGGAGCCUCAUACGCCUGUCCAUACGCCAACUUCGAACCUCACUGCAGGCAUCCGGAUGCCCACAACAGAAGCACUUGGUGACUUUCCAUCAUCGCCUCCAGAAUGGAGAAAUAGACUACCCCCUCUGUCCCCGUCAGCUUCACUACGCUCUACUCCAGUAGAGAUGUACACAACUCGACGAGAUUCAUUGCAUAGUGACAUUGCAACGACACCAUCUGACUCGCCAGAGAAUAUUUACGCAUCGCAAACCCCACAACACCUAAACGCUGUAAUAAAGAUAGAGCCCCCUGGAUGGGAUCCGAGGAUUAGACAGUCGCAUGCUGCUCUUGCACAGGUAAACAAAAUAUUAGAUAUGGACAAGAAAACCACUGCCGUAGCUCCACCUAUUCUUGGUGGAGUCCCUGGUGUUGUUACGUCUGGUGAGAGGCAAGAGGAGGCUGAAGGUGAACCACAGGUGUCGCUUACUAAAACGCCUUGUGAGGGAGAACUUAUUCCGCCGGGUUCUACCUCCUCUUGUGCACCGAUGAGUUCUGUUGGACGUCACACUGUUGACGCUUCCGUCCCGUCAGAGUCGCUAACGGCGUUGAAGGCGGCAGAAGUAUCUCCACAUGGUUUAGUUCUAGAUGCGUCUCCACGGGAAGAGGGGGAAUAUAUCGUGCCAAGCCCGACCUCUUCCUCUGCGCCGACAAACCGGGUUGGUUCUCAUCCUGAUCCAUCGGCCUUUCAGAAGUCGGUUGCAUCGUUUCCGUUUCAAACAAAGUGUCUUGUUUUGACACCAAACCCUGAUGCCGCUGCGUGUGCUUUGAAGCGUUGCUCACGUCGACCGCCUUACGUUUCGGCGACGCAGAAUAGAGAAAGCGCAGUGCCGGGAGGGCCAGCCGUACAUGAGAGGGAACCGCCUGUAGUUUCCGCGGAGCGGCCUUGCUCGCAGCCCAAUGGCGAUGAGAAGUCUAAGAAGCGAAACAAAAACGAUGGUCUUAUUUCGGUCGCCUCACUCUACGGUAUAUUGGAAAGACUGGCUAAUGUUAUGCGUGCGCAGCCUGAUGUUCACCUGGUGGAUUCCAAUGGCGCACCGAGAAGGUUGGACGCCUCAAGUGAGCCACAACACAGUUUGAACACCUCAAUUGAAAACCGACAGAGUGGUAGGAUGAACCGCAAGGAUCCCUCCAUGAGGACACCCACCGUGGAACCAAAAGUUUUGAUGGGUAAUGCUCCAAGAGUCGAAGGGAACGAUUUUUUUGUAAAUGAUCAUCAUGAAGCUCUUAACUCGGUAGUGCCGACUUCGCAACUUCAACCCGUUGGUGUCACUUUACAGCGUCCGGUGCCUAUUCAACGGCGAGCGGCGAGCGCCCGACGUCCAAGUUUAAACCGCGCGCCGGGAAUGCCGAGUUAUGCCUUACCCACGGAGAGUUGGCUCUGUAAGGGGGUAGAGCUCGAUGACGACCGUGUUGAAUCCAGUUGUAUCACGGAGGGGACCAAAAAUAAGGGGGCUCUGCGUUAA